AACAAAAUCACGUGAAGUGGGCGGUGCGCGCCACCAGGAAGAAGGACCGGCGCACGCGUGAAGAAGGGAAUGAUGGUGGAUAGGUAGGCAACGCAUCACGCUUGAUGAUAGCUAUCGAUUUCCAACAGUUCACUAGAGCUAAUAGGUCGUACAUCACUCAAAGGUACUUGCUGUUACUAGCACUGUAGCUAGUUCCCGUAGAACGACACCCUGGAACAUAAAAAAAUGCCGAACAUUAAGAUAUUUAGCGGUAGCUCCCAUCGGGAACUGUCUCACAAAAUCGCCGAUCGUCUUGGGAUGGAACUCGGGAAGGUUGUGACCAAGAAAUUCAGCAAUCAAGAAACAUGUGUUGAGAUCGGAGAGAGUGUGCGUGGAGAGGAUGUCUACAUCGUACAGAGCGGCUGUGGGGAGAUCAAUGAUAAUCUGAUGGAGCUGCUGAUUAUGAUCAAUGCGUGUAAGAUCGCCUCGGCCUCCCGUGUCACAGCCGUCAUCCCCUGCUUCCCCUACGCACGGCAGGACAAGAAGGACAAGGUGGGGAGUCGGGCGCCCAUCUCAGCCAAGCUGGUGGCUAACAUGCUGUCUGUGUCUGGGGCUGAUCACAUCAUCACUAUGGACCUCCACGCCUCACAGAUCCAGGGUUUCUUCGACAUCCCGGUGGAUAACCUGUAUGCUGAGCCUGCUGUACUGAAGUGGAUCAAGGAGAACAUCGCAGAGUGGAAGACCUGCACUAUCGUCUCUCCAGACGCAGGGGGUGCCAAGAGAGUGACGUCCAUAGCAGACAGACUCAACGUGGACUUUGCUCUGAUUCACAAAGAGAGAAAGAGGGCCAACGAGGUGGAUCGCAUGGUGCUGGUCGGGGACGUCACGGACCGGGUAGCCAUCUUGGUGGAUGACAUGGCAGACACCUGUGGUACUAUCUGCCACGCGGCCGACAAGCUGAUCUCAGCUGGUGCUACCAAGGUGUAUGCCAUCCUGACCCACGGUAUCUUCUCUGGCCCGGCCAUCUCACGCAUCAACAAUGCCUGCUUCGAGGCCGUGGUCGUCACCAACACAAUCCCCCAGGAGGAGAAGAUGAAGACCUGUCCUAAGAUACAGGUGAUUGACAUCUCUAUGAUCCUGGCGGAGGCCAUCCGCAGGACCCACAACGGGGAAUCUGUCUCCUACCUCUUCAGCCACGUCCCCUUGUAACGCCACACACACACACACACACACACACACACACACACACACACACACACACACACACACACACACACACACACACACACACACACACACACACACACACACACACACACUGAGUCACCUGGGGCACUGUUCAGGAGGACACAACACCACAGAACAUUCAGAUAGAACAGACAUGGCCAUCUCUCAUGCAGGAUAGGGAAUUUGGGGAACAGAUAUGAUUGUCUUUUAGGUAGAAUAAGGGAUGUGGAGUCGGCUCUUCAUUCCAUUUCUGUGCCCAGUAUUCUGGAAUGUUUUUCAUCACUGAAUAGGAUCCAGCCCUAGUGUUAUGUUACACCAAACAAAGGAAGAGAGGGACUGUCCUAUACAAACACCAGGGUUGGGCUCGAUUCCAUUUCAAUACCAGUCAAUUCAAGAAGUACACUGACAUUCCAAUUCUCUUCAAUGCUUUUGAAUUAGGAAAAUGUGGAAUUGGAUUUGGGAUUAGGUUUACUUUCUGAAUUGACGGAGAUUGAAAUGGAAUUGACACCAACUGGGGGAAACACAACCAUUAUAUUAGCAUCACUCUGCUGCUAAUGCUAACAAACCAUGUAAUAAUUACAAUUAGUAGGAUCAGUGAUUAUUAAUAACACAUUCAUUUUGAGUCUCUCUCUCUCUCUCUGUCUGUCUCUCUCUCUCUGUCUGUCUGUCUCUCU